CUAAAAAUUUCAUCUUUCUUUGGGUUCUUGAGAGUUUUUCUCUUUCUGGUUUUAGUACAUUUAGUCUCUGUUUUUGUUCAAUCUUUGAGGGUUUACUGAGAUUUUAGAGAAACAAUGGUGAAGACGGCUACUUCUCCAUCCUCCUCUCCGGUGACCAUAACCGUCUCGUCCGGAGGCAAAGGAAGUGGGAGUAGAAGCAUAGGUUUGACUAGUCCAGUUCCACGUCCUUCAGUGUCAAACAACCCAAAUUCUCCUCUCAGUGGCAGAGGAAAUCGUGCUUCCACUGGCGGUAGACGGGCUUCAAGUGGAGGAAGGUACUGCUCCAUGUCGAGAGAUGAAACCAUGGAGGAGAUGAAUUCAGAAUUUGUAAGGUACACAGUGCAUAUACCUCCCACGCCGGAUCACCAGUCUGUUUCAGCAUCACAAACAAGCCUCAAUGAAGAUGCGAAGAACGUGAUGAAGCCUGAAAGGAGCUUCAUUUCGGGUACUAUUUUUACUGGAGGGUACAACUCGGUGACUCGGGGGCAUGUGAUUGAUUGCUCGUUGGAAAAAGCAGAGCCGGUGAAAUCAGGGAUGAUUUGUGGCAUGAAGGGAUGUGAUGAGAAAGCAAUGCAGGGGAAAUGUGAGUGUGGGUUCAAGAUUUGCAGAGAUUGUUACUUGGAUUGUGUGGGUAGUGGAGGAGGGCAUUGUCCAGGAUGCAAAGAACCAUACAAAGAUGUCAGCGAUGGAGAUGAUGAAGAGGAUGAUGAGGUUAGGUCCGAGGCAGAGGACCAGGCUCUACCACUGCCUUCAAUGGCGGAUUUCAAGUUGGACAAGAGGCUCUCCCUUGUGAAAUCAUUCAAGCAGAACCACCCACAGGAUUUUGAUCACACACGGUGGUUGUUUGAGACUAAAGGGACUUAUGGGUAUGGAAAUGCAGUCUGGCCUAAAGAUGGGUAUGGAGUCGGCUCAGGAGGAAAUGGGUUUGAGCAUCCACCGGAUUUUGGAGAGAGAAGCAAGAGGCCUUUAACCAGAAAGGUUGGAAUUUCUGCUGCAAUACUCAGUCCAUACAGACUGCUUAUUCUUAUACGCCUUGUGGCACUUUGUUUCUUCCUUACAUGGAGGAUUAGACACCCCAAUCAUGAAGCAAUGUGGUUAUGGGGAAUGUCAACCACUUGUGAACUCUGGUUUGCUUUUUCAUGGCUUUUAGAUCAACUUCCUAAGCUUUGCCCUGUGAAUAGAGUAACUGACCUCUCUGUUCUCAAAGAACGUUUUGAGUCACCAAACCUUCGAAACCCAAAGGGGAGAUCAGACCUUCCAGGGAUUGAUGUAUUUGUUUCCACGGCUGACCCUGAAAAGGAACCCCCACUUGUCACAGCAAACACCAUUCUUUCAAUCCUAGCUGUUGACUACCCUGUAGAAAAGCUUGCCUGUUAUCUUUCUGAUGAUGGUGGGGCUCUUUUGACAUUUGAAGCUCUUGCUGAGACUGCUAGCUUUGCUAGAAUUUGGGUUCCUUUUUGUCGAAAGCAUAACAUAGAGCCAAGAAAUCCAGAGGCUUAUUUUGGGCUGAAGCGAGAUUUUCUUAAGAACAAGGUGAGGAUUGACUUUGUUAGGGAGAGAAGGAGGGUGAAGAGAGAAUAUGAUGAAUUUAAGGUGAGGAUUAAUUCAUUACCUGAGUCGAUAAGGCGGAGAUCAGAUGCUUACAAUGCUCAUGAAGAGCUUAGAGCAAAGAAGAAACAGAUGGAAAUGGAAGAAAAUCCUUCAGAAUCUAUUAAGGUCCCAAAGGCUACAUGGAUGUCAGAUGGUUCUCAUUGGCCUGGAACAUGGGCUUCUGGAGAGCCUGAUCAUGGAAAAGGAGAUCAUGCUGGUAUUAUCCAGGCAAUGUUAGCUCCAUCAAAUGCAGAAGCAGUUUAUGGUGCAGAAGCAGAUGGGGAGAACCUGAUUGACACAACAGAAGUUGACAUAAGAUUGCCAAUGCUGGUUUAUGUUUCUCGAGAGAAAAGGCCUGGUUAUGACCACAACAAGAAGGCUGGAGCCAUGAAUGCUUUGGUCCGAACCAGUGCUAUCAUGUCAAAUGGACCAUUCAUUCUCAAUCUGGACUGUGAUCACUACAUCUACAACUCCUUGGCUCUCAGGGAAGGAAUGUGCUUUAUGCUCGACAGAGGUGGUGACAGAAUCUGUUAUGUUCAAUUCCCACAAAGGUUUGAGGGUAUUGAUCCAAAUGACCGGUAUGCAAAUCACAAUACAGUGUUCUUCGAUGUGAGCAUGAGAGCUCUUGAUGGAUUGCAGGGGCCAAUGUAUGUAGGCACAGGCUGCAUUUUCAGGAGAACUGCUAUUUACGGGUUUAGUCCACCUAGAGCCACAGAACACCAUGGAUGGUUCGGUAGAAGAAAGAUCAAGUUGUUCUUGAGAAAAACUAAGGUGACAAAGAGAGCAGAGGAUGAGAUAGCAUUGCCAAUCAAUGGUGAACAUAAUGAUGACGAUGAUGCAGAUAUUGAGUCUUUGCUUCUGCCUAAAAGGUUUGGAAAUUCUACUCCUCUAGCUGCAUCAAUCCCGGUCGCAGAAUACCAGGGAAGGCUGCUACAGGAUUUGCAAGGAAAUGGAAACCAAGGCAGACCAGCAGGUUCUCUUGCAGUGCCGCGGGAGCCUCUUGAUGCUGCAACGGUAGCUGAGGCUAUCAGCGUUAUCUCCUGCUUCUAUGAGGAUAAAACAGAGUGGGGAAAAAGGGUAGGAUGGAUUUACGGUUCUGUUACAGAGGAUGUAGUCACCGGUUACAGAAUGCACAACCGUGGGUGGAGAUCAAUCUACUGCGUGACCAAGAGGGAUGCUUUCCGGGGGACAGCUCCCAUCAAUCUAACAGACAGGCUUCACCAAGUCCUCCGAUGGGCAACUGGGUCCGUUGAGAUAUUCUUCUCCAGAAACAAUGCUCUGUUUGCAAGCCGCCGGAUGAAAUUCCUACAGAGAGUGGCGUAUUUCAAUGUCGGAAUGUACCCUUUCACUUCCGUGUUCCUCCUGGUUUACUGUGUUUUACCGGCAGCCUCUCUUUUCUCCGGCCAAUUCAUAGUCCAAUCCCUCAGCGUGACGUUCCUGAUAUACUUACUUGCCAUCACAAUCACACUAUGCCUGCUUGCUAUCCUCGAAAUUAGGUGGUCAGGAAUCACUCUCCAUGACUGGUGGCGGAACGAGCAGUUCUGGUUGAUCGGAGGAACAAGUUCUCAUCCUGCAGCGGUGCUGCAAGGACUCCUGAAAGUCAUAGCCGGAGUUGACAUCUCCUUCACUCUCACAUCAAAAUCAGCCGCACCAGAUGAUGGAGACGAUGAGUUUGCCGAGCUAUACGUUGUUAAAUGGAGCUUUCUCAUGGUUCCUCCAAUCACAAUCAUGAUGGUAAACAUGAUUGCCAUUGCAGUAGGCGUAGCAAGGACAAUGUACAGCCCGUUUCCGCAAUGGAGCAAGCUCGUUGGUGGGGUUUUCUUUAGCUUCUGGGUGUUGUGCCAUCUCUACCCAUUCGCAAAGGGCUUGAUGGGAAGGAAAGGGAAGGUCCCAACCAUUGUGUUCGUUUGGUCUGGACUAAUCUCCAUCAUCGUUUCUCUGCUUUGGGUGUACAUAAACCCGCCAUCCGGAAGUCAGGAUUACAUGAAGUUCAAGUUCCCUUGAUGUAUUGUCCCCAUUUCCUGUUCUAGAAUGUGAAGUUCCUCAACUUCACCAUAUGUACUUUCCUUCCUUCUUCUUUUUUUUUUUUUUUUUGCAUUUAAUUGCUUCAUUUUAGUUGAUUUUUAGAUGAUUGUAUUGUGUUAGUUUCUCCAAAACUGAGAUUUUCGGUUUGAAUUUCGAGUGAAAUUACAUCUCUUGCACAAAUUGCUUAUUGUCCCACAUGAUUAAAUUGGUGCUGCAGGUGUUAUGUUCUCUUUGGAAGGAGCAGAUUAUCUUCCUAAUCCGAAUGUAGCUCAAGCGUGUUGGUCCAUUCCUUUUCCAUCCACAGAAAGCAAAUAGAAACAAGCUAAUAAAUGUCUGAAACUGCCCAUUUGGAAUUUUGCCAAUGCCAAGUCAAACGAAAAACACAUUUCGUUUAGCAGAUUUUUUCCUGGUGGUCCUAUUAAUCAUGUGUUCAUCUGUCCCACUUCGUACAAUUUGCAGCCACAUCCUGAUUCUUGGAGUUCCUUCAUUUGUUGGCUACUGUUUCCAAAACGUUCCAUUCAUCUCUGUUACCGUCAAUUCCUUUCAAAAGCCUUACAAAUUGCACGUAUUUCUUUGUUCCUUCCUACGUUCACAUGCACAUUGGUGGUCGACAAUGCCAGCGAAUUUGCUAGAUUUCACUCUAAUUUCCUGGACCCAAAACAAGAAUUAAAGUUAAUUGCAGCAC